GAGCUAGAGACAGAGGAGGAGGAGAAGCAGGAAGAGCAAGUCCUGAUCACAGAAAAAGAGGAGGAGGUGGAGGACCUAGCCAUAAAAGAGGAGGAGGACUUGACCACAGAGGAAAAGGACGAGGCGGACAUAUCCGUAGAGGAGGAAAAGGAGGAGGAUGAGAACAUGUCUGCAGAAGAGGAAGAAGAGGAGGAGGAGGAGGAGAACAUGUCUGCAGAAGAGGAGGAGGUCAAGCACCUCUCCACAGAAGAGGAAGAGGACUUGACCACAGAGACGGAGGAGGAAGAAGAAGGUAAAAGAAGAGGAAGAAGAAGGUAAAGGAAGGACGUGGCCCUGGUGGAGGAACACCUGAUCAUGGAGCAAAAGGAAGAAGAGAAGGACCUGGCCAUGGAGCAGGAAGAGGAGCACCUGCCUGUGGAGGAAGAGGAGGAGGACCUGGCCACGGUAGUGGAGCACCUGGCCAUGGAGCAGGUGGAGAGGAGGAGGACCUGGCUACAGAGGCGGAAAAGGAGGACCUGAAUUAGGAGGAGGAGAAGGAAGAGGACCUGGCAAUGGAGGAGGACGAGGAUGUGGCCAUUCAGAAGAAAGAAGAGAAGGAAGAAGAGGUACUGGCUAUGGAGGGAAAGGAAGUGGAGGAGGAUUAGGACUUGGCCCCGGAGAAUGAGCAGGAGGAAGAGGACCUGGUCACAGAGGAGAAGGAGGAGGAUGUGGCCAUGCAGGGGGAAGAAGAGGCGGAAGAGGAGGUAGAGGACCUGGCUAUAGACUCGGAGGACCCAGGAACAGAGGAGGACGAGGAUGUGCCAAUGCAGGGGGAUGAAGAAGAGAAGGAGAUGGACCUAGCCCUGGAGGAGGAGAAGCAAGAGGACCUGGCCAGAGAGGAGGAUGAGAAGGACGAAAAGGAGGAGGAGAACCUGUCCAAGGAGGACCUGACCAUAGAGGAGGAAGUGGAGGAGGGGGAGGACCGGGCCAUGGGAAUGGAGCAUGUGGUCAUGGAGAAGAAAGCGGAAGAGGACGACUUGGAUGAGGAAGAGGAUGAGGAGGGCAAAGCCAAGUCCUCCUCCACCUCCCUGGCCAGGUCCCCCUUGCCCAGAUGCAUAAAUAGGGAAGUAAUGAGUAGGAGCAAGGAGGGGAUCUUACCUCUCUCUAUAGCAUUGGUGAGAGAGAUAAUGGAAUGGUGACGUCCAGUUCUGGUGUCUGUGUUUUUAAAGGAUGGUGUUAAAUUGGAGAGGGUGCAGAAAAGAGUCACACAAAUGAUCUGAGAGCUGGAGAAAAUGACCUACAGUGAGAGACUCAAAUUGUAGGUGGGUGAAAUUUAAUGGCCUGGAACAUUCAGGAGAUCAGAUGAGAUGAUCCAAUGGUACCUUCUGGCCUUAAGCUCUAUGAAACUCUAUGAACCAUCGUCUCCCCCCCUCCACCCCCUGCUCCGAUGUGCUUCACCGCACAGAAGGGUGGCCGGACAGCCUGGAAUGGCCCUGCUCCAAAGCGGCCCUGGCGGAGAAGACAGCAGAACUAACUGAGAGCUGCCCCAGGACUCUGGGCCCAGCUCUGUCCUCUCCAGCUCCAUGGACCGCACGUGAAACCUCCCGUACCAGAAGCUCCUGCCUGGCUCCCCCAGCUCCGGUGCUGCUCAGUCCAGAGACGCUGCCUCUUCCAUGGCCAGGUUCUCCUCCACCUCCUGAACAGCCUGCGGUGAUGGCACGUCGAUGGAGGCUGUGAAGACUCUUUUUUCCAUGCCUGGAUACUGGAAGGAAUUUGCUGGCAUCCAGUUACAGCAGAGUUGAGACAUGAUAGCCUCCCGCAAUUACUACUCGCAGGGUGUUGGCGUGAUUGCAAGAGCCAUGAUCGAGUUUGAGAACCCUCAGCUCCCUGCAGCUUUCAGAGAGGCCGUCAGCAUUGUCCAGAGUGAGAAGGAGGAGGAGCAGAGAAAUAUCGCCAUAACUUUCUGCACUGAGUUUCUUCAGAGUGCUUCUAUUGCCACGACAGUGACAAAAUCAGACCUCCGGGCGCAGUUCAUGGAGUAGAUCAAAGACACAAAUCCCAUCAUACGCAGGCUCAGUCUAUGGGGCCUUGGCAGUAUUGUGCUUCAGCCAGAAAAAGUGAGAGGCAUGGAUUGUCCGGGGGACCAAGGAAGCCGAUGUCUAUCGAAUAGCUCAGAAAUGAGAGUGAGAUCCCCACACAAGCCUUGGAGUGCCCCCACCAUGGGUGGGGAAUCUCCUGCUCAGCUACCUCCCUGUCAGAGCUCUUCUCAGCAAACCUCAGCCUCAGCGCCAUGCUCCCAGCCCCUGCUGCAGCCUGGCCUGGGGGAGAGGGGCCUGGCACUGGGCAGACGACCAGCUGUCUGGAGAACACAGGCCCCCAAAGAGGUGGAGAUUCCCAGCAGGAAAGAGGAUUCUGUGCUCUCCAGACAGACAUUGCAACUAGGACACCAUGGGGCUGCACGGCCCUGCACAGUGUCUCAGGCCCUGUUCUGCACAAGAUGUCUAUGGCGCUGGCCUGGUGGCCUCACUGCUCCCGCGAGCCAAGUCAGUUAUCACAGGGGGAACUGGAGAAGCGUGCGGAUUAUGACUCUGUCACAUUAUGCUCUGAUCCUGCCUGGCUUUAACCGGGCUUCCCCACUCCCUGUGUGUCAUUGCCAGGAGAGGGACAGCGUGCGCUCCGCUGCCAUUUUACUGCUUGGCAACGUGGUGAGCAGCGUGAAGGACCCGGACAAACCCAUCGUGCAGCAGGAAAUGAUCCACUGCUUGCUCCCGCUGCUGCUGCACCUUGAAGACCAGGAUGAGAGUGUGACACUGGUACGCGGGACCUAUGGAGAGAGCAGAGGCGGAGCAAAUCCUCACGAACCGUUCAGACGGCACGUUCCUGGUGCAGCAGAGGGUCAAGGACGUGGCCGAGUUUGCCAUCAGCAUCAAGUUUAACGAAGAAAUCAAACACAUCAAGAUCCUGACGUCGGAGGGCCUGUACCGCAUCACGGAGAAGAAGGCGUUCAAAGGACUCAUAGAGCUAGUGGAGUUUUACCAGCAGAACUCCCUGAAAGACUGCUUCAAAACCCUCGACACCACGCUGCAGUUCCCAUUCAAGGCGCCUGAGCAGAGGGCCGUCUCCAGACCUCCCGGGUGUCCGGUCCUGGCACAGCUGUCUCUAGCGUGGGUCUGUCCCCUUGCAGCAGGAGGACUGAAGUACUUUAGGUCGGCGAAGGCUCGCUACGAUUUCUGCGCGCGGGACCGGACAGAGCUGACGCUCAAGGAGGGCGACACCAUAAAGAUCCUGAGCAAGAAAGGGCAGCAGGGCUGGUGGAAAGGGGAGAUCUACGGCCGCGUGAGUGCACCGCUGAGUGGGGGUUGGGAUCACAACCCCCUUAUACAGCAGAACAGGCCUGACAUAGCCUGUCCACAAGGGGGCAGUGUUACACCCACAUACACGCACACAACCCGCAGGGGGCAGCGUUCUUCGCACCUCUACACAUACAGCAUGUAAUCCCAUCACACACACAUUCACACAUCACUCUCUAGUGUAUAUAGACCCAUGCAUGUGAGCAGUACUGACAUAUUCCAUCCAGCAGGGGGCAGAGUUCUGUGCAAGCACCCCCCGCCCCAACACACGUGAGCUGGUGUAAUCAUCUCCUACUCAGCAGAGGGCAGCAAUUCUGUCUUACCUCCACUCACAGUCCACACAUGUACACACGCAAGCUGCACCCAAAGAUGUGCUCGCGCACACACAAUCACUGCACGCCUACACACGCAUGCCUCUCGCUUGUGCAUGCACGUGUGCACACACCCAUAAACGAUCUCCAUACGCAUGCACAUGCACAUGCACGAGCCGCGCCACAUGCAUGCACCCACGCGCUCACACAUUCUGAUGCAUCGGGUACCAAUGAACACCUAGUGCAAGUAUAGGAUGCCAGGAAAGCUAUGGCCAACUGGCCAACUUCAGUGGCACUUUGUCUCCCCCUAGUGGUGGCUGGGACAGUAGCGGUUGAUGAGCCGGCUAAUGGAGCUGGGGCUUUUAGAUCAAGCAGUAGAGACUGGUGCCUUUAGCUCCAGAGGUCCAAAGUUCAAUCCCAGCUACUCAUGCCUCAUGAAAGUGGCCCCUGUGCCACGUGGCAUAGCCAGCAGAUCUCACCACAGCAUUGGGGAUAGCACACAGAUCUUCCUGCUGCAAAAACAAGCCGAGUUACAGGAGAAUCCCUGUUAGCUCUUAGCAGUACAGGGCUUAUGACACACAGGUGAGCAGCUCUCAUCCCAUCCAGAAGAGGGCAGCAGUGCAUAUAUGGCACAUGGGCCAUGUUCCAAUAGCUGUUUUGUGAUAACAAUUCCACGUCUCACUGGGUUUUCCCCUCCUAGGUUGGCUGGUUCCCAGCGAAUUACGUGGAGGAAGAUUAUUCGGAAUAUUGCUGAGGUCUGGAGCCCUGUGUAAUUUUCCACCCCCCUGAGAUCAUGACCCACAGGAUUCCCGACCCUGCAUGGCACUCACACCGUGAGCUCACGCGGAGCCAGGCCCGGAAGGGGUCUCUGUAGCAGGAAGAAACAUUGUGUUGGCGGAAGUGCGGCGGGGAGUAGCGCCCCGGGACUAUUAAUUUAUGAACUUUCAGAUCCCUCUUCUUUUUCCCUUCUCUCACGCAUGUAAAGGAAGUUUUGUGUUGAAUAAACUGAAUGAGUGGACGGGCUGGAGAUGUAGCGGCCGUCACCCUGCACCCAAGAGCCCUUUUCUCUCCAGUCCAUGGCAUGAUCCAGCUGCCCCAUCAGGCACAGGUGUUUGGAGCCCAGAGGGCUGCUGCCACGUGAAUGGGUAGGAGGCUGUCCCCACCCUGCCCACUGCCACCUUUAUAUUCCCUCCAGCAUA